ACUAUAACAGCUGUUAUGUCUCUGUUUCUCCCUCUGCAGUGUCUGUAUGGCUGUUACGUCCACUCCUCCAUCAUCCCCACGUUCCACCGCAGGUGCUACUGGCUGCUCCAGAACCCUGACAUCGUGCUUGUCCACUAUUUGAAUGUGCCGGCCAUAGAGGACUGUGGGAAACCAUGCGGGCCAAUCCUGUGCUCCAUCAACACAGACAAGAAGGAAUGGGCCAAGUGGACCAAGGAGGAGCUGAUUGGCCAGCUCAAGCCCAUGUUUCAUGGCAUCAAGUGGACUUGUAGCAACGGGAACAGCAGCUCUGGCUUCUCAGUGGAGCAGCUGGUGCAGCAGAUUCUGGACAGCCACCAAACCAAGCCACCUCCCCGGACCCACAACUGCCUCUGCACGGGCACCCUGGGCGCAGGGAGCAGCGUGCAUCACAAGUGCAACAGCGCCAAACACCGCAUCAUCUCCCCCAAGGUGGACCCCCGUGGAGGCUACAGCAGUGGUCACUCUGAGGUCCAGAACAACGACGUGUCCGAGGGCAAGACCGAGCACAGCAGCCAUGGAGGAGGGGGUGGAGGAGGAGGGAAGAGCUCAGGGGGAGGAGGGGGUAGCGCCAGAGAGAAACGCAAUGGAAAGGUCCACAAGCCUGUUCUCCUGCACCAGAACAGCACAGAGGUGUCCUCUACCAACCAGGUGGAGGUCCCAGACACCACCCAGAACUCCCCUGUGUCCAUCAGCAGUGGCCUGAACAGCGACCCAGACAUGGCUGACAGUCCCGUGGUGACGGGCUUGGGCCAUGUAGCCGCCGUCAUGUCUCAGAGUGUCUUCAUGUCCGAGGUGACCGGAGACCCCGUCUACAGCAUGUCCCCCACAGGGGGCCCCAACACCCACCUCAUGGGCCCCGACGCAGCCUCCCAGGGCCUGGUGCUGUCCGGUGUUGUGGCAGACAGCCACAAGUUUGCCUUCCCCAGCGGAGGAGCUAGGGAGGGGGGAGCAGACGGGUUGUCCAUGCUGUCUGCAGCCGGGGUAUCUGAAGAGCUGGUCCUAUCCAGCAGCCUGGAUAACGGAGGCAUGAAGAUACCUGAGACCACCAUGAACUUCGACCCUGACUGCUUUCUCAACAACCCCAAGCAGGGUCAAACCUAUGGGGGCAGCAGGCUGAAGGGGGACGGCAGCUCCUCCUCCUCCUCCUCUUCCUCCAACGGCACCAAUGGCAGCAUGCAGCGCUCUCCCUCCAUGUCAGACUCUGGAUACAGCUUCAACUCUGCUCUGGUGAAGAACAUCAAGACGGAGGACAUGUCCUUCGAGCAGCAGCUGGCCACCGAGCAGGGAUACCAGGUGGGGUUGGUGGUGAGCUGUGGAGGAGGUGUGUCUUGUUCCUCUGGGGCAAGUUCAGCACAGAGCUCCCUCGGCCUGACCCCUGCAGGCUCUCUGCUGCCCUCUGGAGGAGGCCUGAGCCCCAGCACCACCCUGGAGCAGAUGGACUUCAGUGCCAUCGAUGCCAAGCAGGACUACCCGUCCGGGGCUGGGACAGUGGGCUAUAGCCAGCCUAUAAACAGCCCCCACCUCUCCCACCAGAGCCACUCGCCCAGCUUCUUCCUCCAGGACACCCAGCAGCCCGGCCAGGCCCAGCAGGGCAGGUCCUCCAUGGGCCAGAAGACUCACCUGAUGGAGCACAACUCCCACGACUCCACAGCCUACAUGAGCCUGCAGGUGGUCAAGACGGACUCCCCUGGCAGCAACGGCCAUCUCCACCACCACCACCAGAGCCACCAGGGCCAGCAUAGGGCCAACUGCAACGGGGGCUCCCCCACCGAGGGGCCAGGGCAGGGGCCUGGGUCUCUCCAGCUCCUGCAGUACCAGGGGGGCUUCCCUGGGCUGGGGCCGGAGCAUGAGGAGGUGGUGGGUCUGGAGCAGCCAGGCAGCGUGAGCUCAGGCCAGGCCGGGGGAACAGAGAACGGAGAGGGUCUACUGAAGCCUGGGGAUCACCUCCAGGCCUGUGGAGGAGGCAACCAAGAGGGAGGAGGUGCAGAGCACUACCUGCAGCAGGCCAAUGACGGAGGAGGAGGUCAGGGAGGUGGAGGGAAAGGAGUGGCCAUGCACAACGGAAAUGGCGUCAACAAUGACGGCAGCAACCGCUCCCAGCAACAGCAGCAGCUGCAGCCCCUCCUCCAGGGGGCCGGGAUGGUCCAGGGCCUCUACAAUACCGUGGGCCACCACCAGGGCCUGGGCGGAGCGGGCUCCAAUGGGGUAGCAGGAGGGGGAGGCAUGGAGAUCAGCCUGGACCACUUCGACAUCUCCUUCGGGAACCAGUUCUCUGACCUUAUAAAUGACUUCAUCUCUGUGGACGGUAGUGGAGCCAACAUGACGGCCGGAGGAGCCCUCUACACCCACCAGCUGGUGGGCAACCACGGCUCAGAUGGCCAGGCCACACCUAGCGGAGCUCCUCAGCAGGACCAGGAGGACGGAGGUGUAGGAGGGGCCCGGGGAGCAGGAUACAGCCCCUCAGAGCUUUGUCUCCAGCCCUGCUGCAGCCCCCAGUCGCUUGGUGGAGGUGCCGGGGGUGCAGUGGUGGAGCCAGGCUCCCUGGCCUACAUGCAUGUGGCGGAGGUUGUGUCAGCAGCCGUGGCCCAGGGGGCUCUGGGUAUGCUGCAGGCCACUGGGAGACUCUUCGUCGUCACUGACUACUCCCCUGAGUGGUCCUACCCUGAGGGAGGAGUGAAGGUGCUCAUCACUGGUCCAUGGCAGGAGGCCAGCUCUAACUACAACUGCCUGUUUGACCAGGUCGCUGUCCCUGCCUCUCUCAUCCAGCCGGGGGUGCUGCGCUGCUACUGCCCAGCUCAUGACACUGGGCUGGUGACGCUGCAGGUGACAGCCAGUAACCAGAUCAUCUCUAACUCAGUGGUGUUUGAGUACAAGGCCCGCGCCCUGCCCUCACUGCCUUCCUCACAACACGACUGGCUCUCACUGGACGAUAACCAGUUCAGAAUGUCCAUCCUGGAGCGACUGGAGCAGAUGGAGAGACGGAUGGCAGAGAUGGCCUCCCAUCACCAGCAGAGCAGUGGAGGAGGUGCAGGAGGAGGAGCAGGAGGUGGAGGAGGAGGAGGUAGUGGUGGUAACAACAGCCAGACACAGUGUGUGUCAGGGCAGGGUCAGGCGGGCAGCAGCUUUGAGAGCCGUGUGGUGGUGGUGUGUGAGAAGAUGAUGAACCGGGCCUGCUGGGCCAAGUCCAAACACCUGAUCCACUCCAAGACCUUCAGGGGCAUGACCCUGCUUCACCUGGCCGCUGGGCAGGGCUACGCCACCCUCAUCCAGACACUCAUCAAGUGGCGCACCAAGCAUGCAGACAGCAUUGACCUGGAGCUGGAGGUGGACCCUCUCAAUGUGGACCACUUCUCCUGCACCCCUCUGAUGUGGGCGUGUGCCCUGGGUCACCUGGAAGCGGCAGUGGUCCUGUAUAAGUGGGACCGACGGGCCCUGGCCAUCCCUGACUCUCUGGGACGCCUGCCUCUGUCCAUCGCCCGCUCCCGCGGCCACACCAAGCUGGCCGAGUGUCUGGAGCAGCUGCAGAGAGAGGAACAGCAGCCCCCUGCACCCCUGCCCCCCACCACACGCAUGUCCUUCUCCCCCACCCCCCACGACGCUCCCACCUCAGACAGCUGGAUGGUUACAUGGGCCAGCGACGGCGUGAUGGUGCCCGGCGGAAAGAAAGGCGGCGCCGCCACCACCACCAGCACCUCCACCACCACGACCUCCACCAACCUCAACCCAGACUUGAGAAGGCCGAGAUCCGAGCCCUCCAACUACUACAGCAGUGAGUGCCAGCGAGACCUUCCCUUGGCCAAGAAACACAAGCCCAACCCCGAGCUGUUCCAGGCCAGGCCCGACAAGGCCAUGUCUGUCCCGCUGAGCCUGGAGCAACAGCAGCUCCACAAGCUGUCCUUCAGCCCCAAAAGCCUGUCGCCUGAGGGCCUCAGCCCAGACAAAAGUCUCUCCGGUGGGGGAAGCUCUGGAGGAGCAGGGGUAGCCAAGUGGAGCUCUAGGGAGGGUUUCUCCAGCAGGGGCUUAGGCAGAAAAGGUUCAGGGGACUCUGGGGGCAGCAGCCUUGGGAAGGAGAAGCUGGCUAGCAGGCUGAGACAGAGGGAACAGCUGGGGAACAUGCUGGUGAUGGCUGAGAGAGAGAUGGUGGACACUGAGCUGUUUUCCUACAGAGAAGACCUGGAGAACCAGGACUGUAUGACGCAGAUGGACAACCUGCAGGACAACAUGAUGACUCUGGCAGAGCAUAUCAUUGAGGCGACCCCAGAGAGAAUCAAGAGGGAGAACUUUGUGGCCCUGGAUGGGGUGCCCCUGGACAGUACUGGUGUCAGCAACACCAUGAGCUGGUUGGCCAGUUACCUCGGAGACGUGGAGCAGCUUCCCAGCAUCAUACAGCUACGAUCUCUGCACAGUGGACCUCUGACUCCAUCCUCCAAUCCCAGCCCAGGGGGGUCUCCCCUGAGGGAGGGGCCCAUGGAGAGGCCUACCCUGCCCUCCCCGGCCGAUUGGAGCGAGUUCAUCCAGGCCUCUAACAACAAGGUGGAGAGAGACUUGGCCCAGCUCACCCUGUCCGACCCCGAGCAGAGGGAGCUGUACGAGGCCGCCCGUCUCGUCCAAACUGCCUUCCGCAAGUACAAGGGACGCCCAUUCAGAGAGCAACAGGAAGUAGCUGCGGCAGUCAUUCAGCGUUGUUACAAGAAAUACAAACAGCUAACAUGGAUAGCCUUGAAGUAUGCACUUUAUAAGAAGAUGACGCAGGCCGCCAUUCUUAUCCAGAGUAAGUUCCGCAGCUACCACGAGCAGAAGAAGUUCCAGCAGAGCAGGCGGGCGGCCGUGCUGAUCCAGCAAUACUACCGCAGCUACAAGGAGUUUGGCAGGCUCAGGCUACACCGGCAAGGAGCCGCCGCUGCCCUGGUGCAACACAAACUCAGAAGUAGUCUGCUCACUAAGAGGCAGGAUCAGGCUGCCAGGAAGAUCAUGAGGUUUCUACGCCGCUGCCGCCACAGCCCCUUGAUGGACCAUAGACUGUUCAAGCGGGUGAGUGCAGCCUCAGCAACUCAAGUGAACGAAUUGAAAAGGGCCAAGGAACAUGAGAACCUUCAGAAAAGCCCCCUCACAAUGUGACAUCACUCUCCUCCUGACUCUUCCUGUUUUCUUUGUCCCUUUAUACCCAAGACAUUUUACAAGAGAAGAAGAAAAAAAAACAGUUCAGUGAAAACACUGCGAUUAUUAUUACUACUACUACGGCAGCGUGGCCGACUCUACUUCUACUUCUAACAACAGCAUUUUUCACGUUUAUCUUUUCCCUCUGACAUUGUUUAUGUUGGAGAGUGUAGAAUUAUAAACUAAGGGGAAGAAGCUGUGGGGGGCAGAACAUUUGCUUCAUGGCAUUUUUUGCACUUUUUCAUGGAUUGUUUUGUCUUUUUGGGAGUAUCGGAGUAUAAGUUUAAGACGGUAAAGGAAGAGGAAUGCUGGACAUGUCUGAAACGGUCCCUGUGGAUCAAAGGAAGAGGAUAAGACGCCAAGGAUGGAGGCAGAUGCCGGCCAGAACAUAAGGAAACAUGACAGAAGCAGAAACAUAUUUGGGACUUGGCUCUAAUUGUAUUUCAUAUUUUUUUAAGUGACUGAUUAUUCCAUUUGAAGAAGAAAAAAAUGUAACUUAAUGAACCAAAAAAUCUCGGUAAUACAUUGAUCCAUUUGCACACAUACACUCCCUGUCGACAGUUAGAUGAAUACAUUCAGUAUGGUAACUCAAAAUAGAUCAAAAUUCCCCUUCCUGUUACGCUGUGCUCUACCCCGCCAGUCAGUCCAAAGGGGUGGGGUUACAUAUGAAUGUAGGAGGGGUGUGAGCAGAAAUGGGUGGGGCUUAUUAAAACAAUGGCUUAUUUUGUAAUCUAGGUUUGGAGGGGUUAUGUACUGUAAGGCAAGGGAUAGGGGGAUUCAAUGGAAUUACAAUUCUUCUUAUUUUUUUAUAUUAUUAUUUUAUUCUCUUUUCUAUUCCUCUUUGCUUGAAUCUGUUUUGUGCUCAUGCCCAUGACCGAUUUACAACUGACUUGUCUCUUCAAAAUUCUGUGUUGUCGAUUUGAUCAAAUAUGCAUGCCUAUGGGUGAAGUCUUCACCUGCGUGCUGGAAGUUAGGUCUGUAUUCUCUGAAUUUCAAUGUUUUGCUUUUGUCUUCAUGUUCAAAUGUAACUGAGUGGCCCAUGUACCAACCUAUUCUCCCAAGAGUCAUACCCUCUAGUUCCUGAGAUUAUACCUACAUCGUCCUCAUCUUUUCUUUUUCUGUUGCCUUAUUUAAUUUAUUUUCUCAGUAUUCUAAAAAGAAAGAAAACUUGCCUCUUUUGUGUUGUAAUGAUUACAGUCAUGAAGGUUAUUGUUGUUCUUUUUAAAUGAACUUCAGGGCCUGUGAGGGCUUUUGAGGGGAAGAUCACAUACAUUGCCUUGACGUCUUAGAGAUUCUUUGAGGGGUCCCUAAGCUAGUCCCAAAAUAGGGGUUAGACAAAUCCAUAUUUUUGACAAUUGAGCAGUUUCUGUAUAUAAAGAAGGCUGAAGGUAGGGAAAAACAUUUACCCAAAGGGGAUUGUAUUUUAGAAAUAUAUUAUUUUAUUCAUUAAAAAGGGGUCAAAAACAGGUAUGAGACAAAAACAGAAUAUUUGUAUAGUUUUGUUUGAAUGCCUAAGAAGUAUGGUUGUAUUGUUUGUAUAUAGUGUAAAUACCUGGGAUAAAAAUGAGCUAUGUGCAUGAAAAACAUGAACAAAGGUUUAAAAAAAACUAAACAAAAGCAGUAGUGGCUAUGCUCUGUAAAAUUAUUAAAAGUAUUUCACUAUAAGAGUAUUUUAUUUUAUUUUGAUUGUUCUUGGGAAAAACAUUUUGCGAAAGCAUGACAUUAUUGCAAAUGCUAAAAACUUUUAAAAAAGAUCAUGUAUUUAGAGUUAGGAGAAAUCUGCAAAAUUAUCUUAAGACAAGUAUGUUUAUGUUUACAUUUUUGUUUUGGGCUACCAAGAAUCUUUUGCCAAUGGUGCCAAGUAAUGUGAAUGCUAUAUUGCUUAGCAAGAGAAUGAAGUUAAUCUUAGCAGAACAGAUAAUCAUACAAUGAAAUAGACACUAGCAUUAAAGACCACAAGGUCCCAUCCCAACUGGCAGAGGAUCACAGAUAGAGGUACACAUUGCAGAGGGAGAAAUAUUUCUACAGCAACUUUUAAGUCUCUCAUUUCUCUUCUGUUAUCACACGUCAGAACAACCCAAGCUUUUUUGCCAUCAUCACAAAAUACACAGGGAUCACUCGUCAGUAACAUUUUAAGUGCAAAAAAGCCUACUGUAUGAGAAAGAGGGAUUGUGUUGUCAGUAUGCAUGUUUGUAUGGAUUGUGUUCAUAUAAAGAUUGUAAAUGGCAGCCUUGUCCAUGUGAAUCUCAGCCCUGUUGUUUUUAUUUUUUAUAAUUGAGGUUGAUUUAACAUUUGUUUAAUAGGUAGCCUAGUGGUUAGAUCGUUGGGCCAGUAACCAAAAGGUUGCUAGAUCGAAUCCCCGAGCAGACAAGGUAAAAAUCUGUCGUUCUGCCCCUGAACAAGGCAGUUAACCCACUGUUCCUAGGCCGUUAUUGUAAAUAAUAAUUUGUUCUUAACUGACUUGCCUAGUUCAAUAAAAAUAAAAUAUAUAUUAAAUCAUCAUUUAUUUAAUAGGACAACACACAGGUGAUGAAAUCAUCGAGCUUUGAUUAUUAAAUCAUUGAGCUUUUAUUAUUAAAUCAUUGAGCUUUGAUUAUUAAAUCAUUGAGCUUUGAUUAUUAAAUCAUUGAGCUUUGAUUAUUAAAUCAUUGAGCUUUGGACCGAGUUUGGGAAACCCUAAAAUAGACUAGAUCAACGUAUCAAACUGCUGACACAAGACAAUACUUUUUUCUAAGUUUGGGCUGGAAGUGUAACUUGACUAAGGCUGUCAGGGUCUGGACAGACCAGAAUUAUUCUUUGUCAAAAUGUAAUGUGGCCACAGUGAACGAGGUACAUGUGUAGCAUCUCUCAACUGGUAUUCUUUGUAAAAGUAAAUUGGUAAUUUACUUACAGGAGGAACACUUGUUUAAACAAUCUAAGGUGCUAAAAGAACACAAUUAAACAGUGAUGGGGUUAUAGUGAAACAUAUAAACUAUUAUGGAUCAGCAUAGCCAAGUCAAUGAGCAAAAGUGAGGAAUGCUACAAGAUGCACCAGUGUCAUUAUAGCAACUUCUGAAGAAGAAUAUGCCUGGCUCAUAAUGGCAUAUGUGAGGACCGUGUUUGAAAGAUUAUGAAAUGUGAGUGGUGGGAACAGAAACAUUGAACCAGUUGAUUUGAUCUGUGAGUCGAUGAUAUAUACUAUACAACAGUCUGCUGGUUUUUGCAGUUCUGCUGAAAUAUAUUAUAUUCAUAUCAAAACAACCAGGUGGCGUAUUCUCCAUUCCAGUAAUGACGUUCAUUAUUCAAACAAGGUGUGAAUGCCAUUGGACAAUUAUGUUUUGUUGUUUCAAUUGCUGAAUUUCGUCUCAGACCCUGUGAUCUGUUCUGUUUUUAUUAUUAUAUACUGCUGGGUUUAUUUCUCUGUAUGUUUGUGUUUAUUUCACAGAGACUUGAUAUGUAAACCUAUUUUCAGAGUGUUUAUGUAGAAAGUGCCUAAUCAUAUCCCGAUUGAUCGCACAAAGCCAAUGUCAGGAAGCAUGCAAUGUACUGUACCUAGGGAGAAAAACAUGGCUUUGGAGAGAAAAAGAUCACCUGAAUCCAUCAUUCUUUAGGACUACUGUAUAUCAAGUAUAAUACCAUAUAUCAAUCCAAAAACCAUCACUAAAUUCAGUCAGGUGACAGUGUUCCCUUAACCAACCCAGUAUCACCACAGAAUGCAUUCCGUCUUGUCAACAUUCUAAGCAUUUUUAUUUUCUAUUGGAACUGCCUGUUGAAACCAUGAGAAUUCCAUUCCAUAACUUUUGUGGUUUUAUUGCCUUGCAUUCAUCAUUCAGAUAGUGGUAAGAAUGCCAGCUAAUGCACUGCUGUGGCAAUAUGGGACGGUUUUAUUAUGCUUGCAUGGGUAAAAUAGUUAACUGGGUGACUGAACUGCACCCAAAGCAUGCUUAUUUUUCUAAAAUCAGUAGUCAGAUAGACUUGUAAAAGACUUACUGUUCUGUAAAGCGAAGAACGUUUGUAUGACGUGUCACAGAACUCUGAAAGAUGGAGGGCCGUUGAUUGGAAGGCAGAGGAGAAUCCUAAAAAUACAAACUAUGAUCAAUCUGCAGUAUUUACUGACCAUGUUUCUUGGGGUAGCAUGAGGGAAAGUUUUUCUAGAAGCAAGUUUUUUAGAAUUAAUUUAUUCAUUUGGAUCUAAAAAAUAGUGUGCUCCCAACCCAACAGUAUACCGCAAGUCUUUUACUAGGCAACAACACACACACACACGCGCAGGCGACAGUACACUGUACUGCACACAUCCAGAUAUGUCAGGGCAUAGUCAGUCUCACUUGUACACAGUUCAGCAGAUGGAGCUCAUCAUGUGUUAUUUUCCUAGCCUGCUCCUAGUCCUAGAGAACAGCUCACCUCCCUUCUGUAUUUUACUCAGGGUGCCAAAAUGGGGAGGAGGAAGUGGAGCAGGACAUUGAUGGUGAUUCAGUGUAGAGAGAGGGCACACUAUUGAAAUAGGACACAGAGCUUUCUGGGUAAAACAGGCAAAUUACUACUGAUCCUGGAUACAUUAUUGGUAUCCAUUUCCUCUCAAGUAAGUAAGGUGAGCUGAGGAGAGACGUAAUGGCACGAUAUCAGAACUAGGGGAUACAAGUAAUUGUAGUGUAGAUAAUUAUAAUUAGGACAAGCUUAUCACAAUUGACCGAAUGGUCAAUUGUUUCUGUCUUGGCUACAGCUCUGACAAAUGAAUUUGUAGGCAUUAUGGGACACUAGGGCUUAAAGUCUUGUGUAAAUGCUUACCUUUCUUUUAUAGACUAUGCUUAGGAGUCUAGUAACACUUUAACCUUUGACCUCCUCUGGCUUGAUGGUUCUCAUUAAAACAAGGAUUUGCUGUGUGAAUCUAUGAUUAUGUCAUAACAUCACACACAGCUUCAAAUAGUCUAUAAAGCUAUUCUCAGUUAUACAACAUUUCAUCUCAGUUAAGAUAUGGAUGAUGACAUGAUGUAAAAUGUGAAAGAGAUCUUUCUGAGACGUACGUUGGGGUAGUUAAAGAUGAGGUCUUCCUGAGACGUACGUUGGGGUAGUUGAAGAUGAGGUCUUCCUGAGACGUACGUUGGGGUAGUUGAAGAUGAGGUCUUCCUGAGACGUACGUUGGGGUAGUUGAAGAUGAGGUCUUCCUGCGACGUACGUUGGGGUAGUUGAAGAUGAGGUCUUCCUGAGACGUACGUUGGGGUAGUUGAAGAUGAGGUCUUCCUGAGACGUACGUUGGGGUAGUUGAAGAUGAGGUCUUCCUGAGACGUACAUUGGGGUAGUUGAAGAUGAGGUCUUCCUGAGACGUACGUUGGGGUAGUUGAAGAUGAGGUCUUCCUGAGACGUACGUUGAGGUAGUUGAAGAUGAGGUCUUCCUGAGACGUACGUUGGGGUAGUUGAAGAUGAGGUCUUCCUGAGACGUACGUUGGGGUAGUUGAAGAUGAGGUCUUCCUGAGACGUACGUUGAGGUAGUUGAAGAUGAGGUCUUCCUGAGACGUACGUUGGGGUAGUUGAAGAUGAGGUCUUCCUGAGACGUACGUUGGGGUAGUUGAAGAUGAGGUCUUCCUGAGACGUACGUUGAGGUAGUUGAAGAUGACCAGAUCUUAGAGGGACGGUUUCAGAAAAAGCCCUUCAGGUAUGGCCAUCUUCUGGAUGGUAUGACAGGUUAGCUAUAACAGGCACUUCAUAUGGAUUUUAUUACCUUCAUUACACUCUACUAAUUGACUUGAGGGACUGGACGGUAUUUCCUCCUCUUCCUUUGUCAAUGCACUCAAACUACUGAAAGGUAGGCACAUCAAGACAACAGAGCAGAAACCAUCUCACAACCUUUUCCACUUAUGGACACAGAGCAAUAAGCAUUAUUUUGUGGAGACCUAUAGACCUAGUGAAGAUAAAAAUGAUUGGACACAUGUAGUCGACGUACUCUUAUGCAAAUGCCAGUAUUGCAAGACAAGCAUUCAGUAGUUUAUGGACAGCAAUUGUAUGGCCCCUUUACCGAACUGCACGUUUUCAUCAAUUCCAAACCAAGAAGAAAAAAAUGGCCCUGCUUUAAUACAAAGUCGUGGGUCCUUGACACUUUGCAUGUGAACUAGUGUUAGAGCUAUUUUCCUCUCCUCUUUAACUGUCUUUCUCUCGGUCUUUCCCUGUUAUGUGACCCUCUCUUUCUUUCCUUCCCCUAUUAUUUCACCCACUCCUUAUUUUCGUUUCCCCUAAUGUGUUUUGCUUUCUCUCCUUUUUCUUCCCCCUAUUUCUUGUUUGUAAGUUUUAAUUUUGUAAUUGUGCAUGUACAAGCGUCACUGACUCAAUGGAUAUGUUUUCAAAAAAGCUGCUGAAGCCAUGCAAAACGUUUUGAAAUGCCCUUAAAAUAUGGAAGAUGUUUUCUGAAUGCUUUAUAUUCUUUCUGCUGUAAAAUAAUAAAAUAAUAAAAAAAUGAAGAAAACUCUAACAAA